AUGUCACGCAAUCAGUUCCGUGAAAUAAUGCGGUAUCUCAGAUUCUCAGAUGUCCGAAGCACCAGAGCUGAUCGUCUCGCCACUAAAAAAUUUGCUCUCGCUUCUGUAACCUGGUACAAGCUAAUGGAAAACUGUUAUUUAUGCUAUAAUCCUGGACCAGAAAUAACCGUUGAUGAACAAUUGUUGCCUUGUAAAUCAAGAUGUAGAUUUAUUCAGUAUAUGGCGAAUAAACCGGACAAGUUUGGCAUCAAAUUCUGGCUAGCAACUGAUGUAAAAUCCAAAUAUGUUUUGAAUGGUUAUCCUUAUGUGGGCAAGGAUGAAGAACGACCAACUAAUUUACAACUUGGGAAAGUGUAG